CCUUGGUUUUUCAGUUUUAACUCUUUGUUGUGACUGUAGGAAGCACCUUUUAUAAAAUACAGAAGUGCCUUCAUAUCAUAGGGCUCUGGAUGAGGCAGGUUACGGAAACAAACGCGCACACACACAAACACAGGGAGGAGCGUUUGGUUUCCCUGGCAGCGAGAAGAUGAGGAGGAGCUUUGGUUGGUUGUUACUCUGCCACAUAGUCAAACAACAGAGAACCAUCUGUGACUGCGGUUAGAAGAGGCCCCGUGGCCAUGGCUACAGACCCAUUAGCUGAGGCAGGCUUUUAUUUUGAUGAACUCAACAAGCUGCGAGUGUUGGAGCCUGAUGUCAGCCAGAAGACUUCAGAGCUCAAAGAAGAGUGCAAAGAGUUUGUGGACAAAAUUGGCCAGUUUCAGAAGAUAGUGGGAGGUCUGAUUGAGCUCGUGGAUGAACUGGCAAAAGAAGCAGAGACAGAAAAGAUGAAGGCCAUUGGAGCCAGAAACCUGCUGACGUCUGUAGCAAAGCAAAGAGAGGCCCAGCAGCAGCAGCUUCAGGCUCUCAUAGCAGAGAAGAAGAUGCAGCUUGAAAGAUAUCGUAUAGAGUAUGAAGCUUUGUCCAAAGUGGAGUCAGAGCAGAACGAGUUCAUCGACCAGUUUAUUCUCCAGAAGUAAGAACUCCCGAGACCAAACAGUCUGCGACUUUCCUCAGUGCCUAUCCCAUUUUCAGAGAACUACUCCGCUGCAGCUCCUUUUCCGAAGCAGUCCCAAAACUCUGACGUCACGGACGCCUCCUCCUCUGACGUGCUGUGUGUGAACUGACUGCCUGCUGUUUCCCACUGUGGACAGCAGGUGUGUGCAUUUACAUUGCAGCUUCACGUGCUCACCUCUGCUGGCAUCAAGUGUCUCAACAUGUCACACCAACACUGAAGACGAUGGAGCUAUUUAUACAAAGAGAACCUAUUUAUACUAUUUAUACUUUAGUCUGUAUAUCUAGUUUUAUUACUUUUUGUAUCAAUGGAGAUUAAUACUGCAUGUGCACGUAGCUGUAAAUAAGUUUCAGUUCAAGAAAAAUGAGCAGAUCAGGAUGUUUUUGUUUUAUUCCAUUGGUUGGUGAGGCCAGUACAUACGAAACAUUCUCAUUGUUUUCUUGUAUGUGUAUCCUUGUUAUCCAGCAUUUAUUUGAGAAAAAUGGUUAUACUUGAAUACUGUAUGUUGCACAGAAGUAUCACCUUUUCCUCCAAGCUGUAGAAGAGAUGCGUGAGCAAAGUUUAACAAUGUGCAAUUAAGUAUUGUGUUAAUAAAGAUUACGUGAUAUGCAAA